AUGCCCCUCACGAUCCUAUCCGGAGCGCAACUGCGCUCCCUGCUCACCUCGUUAGAUCGUGAUCAGAUCCUCUCGCUGCAACAGAACCUCGGAAGUGCCCUUCGCGAUUACUCCAUUGGAAACCAGGACUCUGGGUGCGCGGCUACGCUCCAGCCUCGACGGACGGCGGUUACGAGACUAUGCGGGCGGACUACACUUUUCAUGCCGGCGAGCACUCGACGUGCGAUCGGGAUAAAGGUUAUAUCCCUACAAGACCAAGGCGGGACACCCGGGUGUGAAGUUGAAUCUGGGGAGGACUUGCGCGGUACGAAACGAGUCACUUUCGCGAAUGAAGCAGGAUCGCGGGCUUCGAUGGCUUCGCUCUCCUCCGAGAUGAGCGAGAUGUCGUUUUCAUCCCAGGAGGACUCCACAGAGCGGUCGUCGAGUACAUCUAGCGAAAACGAUCCGCUUCCGAAUGCUUCCGUUGAUAAGCAGCCUAUCGACGCUGGGGUAUCCAAGACUAUGGGUGCGUGGCCGGCGGCUGGUUCGCGGGAUACCUCACCGCAGGGUAGUAUCACGCUACUCGACGAUCAUAGUCUGCCGUUUGGGUUGAUCAAUGCAGAAGAGUUAACUCCCUUCCGGACUGCGUUGACGUCUACUAUGAUCUUCAACAAGCGCAAGCGCGUGCGCACGAUCGUGGUGUUUGGAGCAGGCAAGCAGGCUUACUGGCAUAUCAGACUGGCGCUCAUUCUCCGAGGGGAGGAUAUCAAGCGCGUGUUCAUCGUCAAUCGGUCAUUUGAGCGCGCCGCCCAACUUCUCCGCGAAAUCUAUGGACCUGACAAUGCCAGCUGGCGCGGAAAUGUCAAGUUCUCGGCUGUGAGCAGCGAGUUUGGAGAGUACAAGCGGAUUCUCAACGACGCUAUCAACAAGGCAGAUGCGAUAUUCUGCUGCACACCGUCCCAUGAGCCUCUGUUUCCAGCGGAGCUUCUCACUUCACGGGAAGGGAGACGGAAAGGUCGCCUGGUCAGUGCUAUUGGGUCGUACAAACCGCACAUGUCGGAACUGCAUCCGGAUAUCCUCCGAGAAGAAGUCGCAGUGAGGCCCCCACAUCGCCAUUUCCACAAGCACGUCCAUCGAAGCGGAGUCGUUGUGGUCGAUAGUCUGGAUGCGGCGAUGAAGGAGGCUGGAGAGCUCAUCAAGGCGGAUAUCAAGCCGCAGCAGGUAGUGGAGAUUGGCGAGUUGCUCAUGGUUCGGGACGCAAGCAAGAACGCUACCACACCUAGCGACGACCAGAAACACUUACAGGAAUGGGUCGAACGAGGCAAUGUCAUCUUCAAGGGCGUCGGGCUGGGCCUGAUGGAUUUGGUAACAGGAAGUGAUUUGGUUGAGUUGGCGCGGGCGAGACAGAUCGGCACGACGGUGGAGGAUUUCUAA